AACGUAAGUGCAACCAACAAUUAUCUGGUGUAUGCGAGGAUGCGACGCGAGCCACCUGUCAAGUGGCCGUUUCAUCAAAUCAUUUCUUUAUUGCGCAGCCUCCGCCCGACCUGCUCUUUUUUGUUACCAGACUUUUGAAAAAAAAGUUAUAGUGCAUGAGCAGUCGGGUAGGUCGGGGCGCGCGAGCCUGCUUCAGUCCGGUGCCGAGCGCCCGACGCGACGCACAGCCUGCGCCGCGACACACCCUACACAGCCUUCGCCCCGCGCGGUAAACCAAUCGAAGCUUUCCGAUUCAACUUUCAAAGUUGCCAUAAAAUAUGAUAUCAGAUUUUCUGUGGAUUUUGAACUGAUUCGUUACAUUUCUAUCAUUACCUUUUGAGUGCGUGAGUGAGGAGUUCCAAAAUAUUUUCGACUAAGGAUGUCGAGGCACGUGCUGCUGUCCCGACUGGCGGAGCAGUUCCAGACGUCGCCGGCGCCGGCGCACCGCUACCCCUCACCCGAGCGCAGUGUCUCCCCCCACUCGCCGUCCCCGAAGUCUCCUCCCCACUCACCCGACUCCCUGGCUCGACAACGCAUGGAUAUGCUGCAAUUGGGAGACAUUGAAAUUGCUGGUAGAGUCCUCAAACAAUAUGAAUUAGGAGCUCUGAUGUACUGUAGUGGUUUAGGGGCGUUGUAUGGCGGGGCUGGCGUAUGGCCUCUGUUGCUGCCUCGCGCCUCGCCGCCUUUUGGACGCCCGCCUUUCGACCACUCGAGACAGACUCCGCCGAGGGAUGACGACGACGAGGAGCUGCCUUUAAAUUUAUCAACGAAGAAUAGACAGAUUUGGUCUCCUGGGAGCGCUUGCGAGCGAGAGCGAGAUGCGGACAGCUCGUCGCCGCCUCCGAGGUGGGCGCUCGAAGUCAAGCUCGAGGAGGAGUCGCCGCUCGAGCUCGUUAAGAGGUGUCGCAGCAGUCCUGACGCGGAAGAGUACGACUCCAACACAGAGACUCGCCGAUGUCCAUCUGCACCGGCUCAUCAAACAUAUCCGCUACCACCGCCCACGUCCGGAGACCUAAACUUCUCAUUGCUGCUCAAGAACGAAAAUAGAAACGAAAAAACAUUCCAGUGCAAGCAAUGCGGCAAGUGUUUCAAGCGGUCCAGCACACUGUCGACCCAUUUACUGAUCCACUCGGACACGCGGCCCUACCCGUGCCAGUACUGCGGCAAGCGGUUCCACCAGAAGUCCGACAUGAAAAAGCACACCUACAUUCACACAGGCGAGAAGCCUCACAAAUGUGUAGUGUGUUCGAAAGCGUUCAGCCAGAGCUCGAAUCUGAUUACACACAUGCGCAAACACACCGGGUACAAGCCGUUCUCGUGCGGGCUGUGCGACAAGGCCUUCCAGCGUAAGGUGGACCUGCGCCGGCACAGGGACUCCCAGCAUGCGGACGCGUCAGACCCAGCCCCCCUACCCCAUCCUCAGCAGCGCUACAGAUUCUACGGCGACGAACCACCCGCGCCACUUACACCUCUCGUCACCAAUUAAAGUCAGGAUUCAAUAAUCAAUGCUUUUAUGCGUGUCUUAGUGUGUUCAUAGACAGACAUAUAUUUUACUAACCAGUGUGGUUGAGGGCCAUGUGGACUCUAAAGAAUGUGCUGUUGUUUGUAGUUGACGUUUUAUAUAGGUAUUAAUGUGACCUGAACAUUUUAUCGGCAUACGUUCUAGGAUGGAAAUCUAAUUUAUGAUAAUGGAGUAAUUAACUUAUGAUAAAAUCAACAGAUCUUUUUUCUAAACUGUUAAAUAUAAAUUAUAAAGGUAAGUAUUUAUUUAUUUCCUGCGCUUAAACGACGCAACGGAUGACUUGAUGAGGAUUUUUAAACUUGUUACAAACUUCGCCAGAGAACUUCUUAGUUACGUAAGUAUUUAGUGAAUGGAAAAGGCUGUAACUACUUACAUACUUACAUGCUACAUUGCUCGUAAAUAAUACCUUUGAUGUUGUUACCUUACUAGUGCCUAAAGACUCGCCAGUGAUCCUCCUAUGUUGUAUAAUACCACAAGGCGAUAUAAUGUCUUGUUAUAAAUUAGUAUAUUAAUAUCCUUAGGAACUUACGUAAAAUAGACGACAAAAUGGGAGUGUGGUAUAGUAAUGCCAUGUGGCCAUCGUUGGGCAAACUGCCCUUAAGGAACGGAAAGGAGUUUAGGAGCUGCUCGCCUUCACUCCCAAGUUAUAUCAAACUGUAGGUACGUCAAAGUAGAUAGGUAUGUGUAAAUUGUAGAUCUGUGAGGAUAGUGAUUAUAAACGUAAACAGAAAACCAUCCGUCCAAUUUAUCGUGAUAAAUUUAAAUUUUAAGUACUUACCAGAAUGUGAGAUAUUAAGUUAUCAAAAGUUUCACCGUCACACGACAGCAACCAUUUAAUUCGUAAGUUACAGUACACUUAGUAUAGUCUAAUACAAACCAAAGUGAAUAAGUGUCUUAUUUAGUCGAGUGUGAAACGCUUUAUUUAUAUAGAUUGUAAUAAAACAACGUCUUAAAAGUUUAGUUUUAUUAAUUAUAUACAUAAUAAGUAUAAGAUGUAAGAAGCCUUCGUCUGUGAGUUAGAAUUUUAAAAGGUCACUGCGGUUACCAGUUCCAGAGUCCAAUUGGUCUGUUACCAUUAUUUUGAAUUUUAUGUUAAUUUCAUAAAAUUAUUUAAAAUACCGUAACUUUCUAGUUACUAUAAUCUUGAAAAGAGUUGAUUCUGAUCAUGACUCAAAACCGGGGUAUCUACUUGACAUCACAACACUAUUGUAUUUGUUUUAAACAUCGUAUUUACACAAGGUUUUGGUGCACCUAAGAUAAAAUCUGUUAAAGUAAGUAACUUGUUAAUAAUCGUGAAGUGUAUGUAAAUGUGUGUAUUUUUCGUAUUCAUUAGGUACCUACUUCUAAUGAUCACCUCUUAGACAGAAGUUUCUUUUCAUUUUUGUUACCUCAUAAAUACACAAUUUAAAUUCAAAUUUGUAUAUUUUAUUCUUCCGAAGAUUUUUCUUAACUUGUUAUACCAAAUUUGUAUUCUCUAAAUUUUAUUUGAAAUGUAAAAAAAAGAAUUUGUACUUAUUACGUUGGUAAAUGUGACAAUUUACUUACAAUGUCUAGUUCAAGAAAUGUGUACUAAGUAUAUGUUUAAAAUUUAGGUGCCUUCGUAAAUAUACUUACCUAGAUAUAUUUUUCAUGAAAUAUUUUUGAUGUAUUUAAUGCAUUUAUAGUAAGUACUUAAACUUAUAUGAUUUCUGCUUACCUAUGUUUCACGUAAAGAUGACAAUAUACUGUUAGAUAGGUAGGUACGCAUAACGGUCAGAGGCUAUGAUAACUGAGACUGCUUUCAGCUAUUUUUUUCAUUAUGUCUUUUAUACUUUACAUCUGUUGCUACUAUUAAAAAGUUAAAGGUGGGUGUAAACCGCAGCAAUCGCGCUUGUGUUAUUUUAUUUUUUUAGGUGCAGAGAAAACAAAAAGUACCUUGAAUUAAAAGGGCAGCCUUUAUAGAAACGGCUAGAACACCAAAGAGUACAACUAUGAUUGUUUACUAUAUACCGCUUAGCCGGUCGAAAUUGUAAUUCUUUAGUCAACCGUAAGUGUAGAACACACACAUACAUGUAUACCUAUCUUCACGAGCACCUACUGCUCGGUCAGACCGAGUAGCAAAGCAACAUCGCAAAAUGUGAACCAACUCUGAUGCUAAUUUGUUUCGUUAGUCGUUUUUGUAAGUUUGAUAAAUAAGUUGUAAUUUAUUUAGGCCAGUUUUAAUAUAAAUAUUUAUGAGUACAUA